UUUCCCUCACCCUCCUCUAACCCUCUCUCUCUCUCUACAAUUUCAAGCCAUGGUCAAAGCUGGAGGAACUCUCACCAAGCUCAAGUCCGCCAUUAAACGAUGGCCCUCGAUCUCCAAGCUCGGUCGGAGCUCUAGCUCCGUGUCGGUUGCUGCCGUGAGCGACGGUGCCAAUAUCGUCGAGGACAUCUCUAAGGAGCUUCACACAGUCUACGUCGGUAAGUCUCGACGUCCGUAUUUCGUCAGCUUAGAUGUCAUAGCACACCCUCUAUUUCAAGAGUUGGUUGAUAAGUCAGCGUCUGACAAUGACGGUGCUGUGGUCGUCUCUUGUGAAGUGGUCAUGUUUGAACAUUUGUUGUGGAUGUUGGAAAAUGCCGCAACCCAAUUGGGGUCGACGGAGGAACUCGUUGAAUNUCCCAUUUUAUUUUAA